ACCAAAGAGAACUGAAACCAGUCUCAAAGUUACAAUCAAACUAUGAAGUCGUGUCCAAAGCUUAGAAACUCCUAUGUUGCAGGGAUUAUUUUUGCAGUGGUGUUAUUGGGGUCACUAGGAGUGAAGGUAGCAGAAUGCAGAGUAGUCAGAAGAUUACAGGAUCUUGAGUACCCUGCUAUCAACUGCAGAAAACAUAGUGCAGUCUUGACUGAUUUUGGUGGUGUUGGUGAUGGCAAAACAUCUAACACCAAGGCCUUUCAAUCUGCAAUCAGCAAUCUCAGCCACUAUGCAAAUGAUGGCGGGGCUAUGCUGGUGGUGCCACCAGGGAAAUGGCUCACAGGAAGCUUUAAUCUCACUAGCCAUUUCACACUUUUUCUCCAAAAAGAGGCUGUCAUUCUUGGAUCUCAGGUUGAAUCAGAGUGGCCCUCACUUCCUGUUCUUCCAUCAUAUGGCAGAGGAAGGGAUGCACCUGCUGGAAGGUUCAGUAGUCUCAUUUUUGGAACAAACCUCACUGAUGUUGUUAUUACUGGUCACAAUGGUACUAUUGAUGGGCAAGGAUCUUACUGGUGGGACAAGUUCCACAAGGGACAAUUUACACUCACCAGGCCUUACAUGAUUGAGAUUAUGUACUCUAAUCAAAUUCAAAUCUCGAAUCUCACUUUGGUCAAUUCCCCAUCUUGGUUUGUCCAUCCAAUUUACAGCAGUGACAUUAUAAUUCAAGGGCUGACCAUUCUUGCACCAGUUGACUCUCCUAACACAGAUGGAAUUGAUCCUGAUUCUUGUUCCAACACUAGGAUUGAAGAUUGCUAUAUUGUAUCUGGUGAUGAUUGCAUUGCAGUGAAAAGUGGUUGGGAUGAGUAUGGAAUCAAAGUUGGGAUGCCAAGCCAACACAUAAUAAUCAGAAGACUUACAUGCAUAUCCCCAGAUAGUGCUAUGAUUGCUUUAGGAAGUGAAAUGUCUGGUGGAAUCCAAGACAUUAGAGCAGAAGACCUCACUGCUAUCAACACUCAAUCAGCAGUUAGAAUCAAAACUGCAGUUGGUAGAGGAGCAUAUGUGAAGAACAUUUUUGUCAAAGGAAUGAACUUGUUCACCAUGAAAUAUGUGUUUUGGAUGACAGGUUCUUAUGGAUCACACCCUGACACUGGCUUUGAUCCAAAAGCACUUCCUACCAUCACUGGAAUCAAUUAUAGAGAUGUGAUUGCGAAGAAUGUCACAUAUCCUGCAAAGCUUGAAGGAAUUGCUAAUGAUCCUUUCACUGGAAUUUGCAUUUCUAAUGCGAAUAUUGAGAAAGUGGGAAAGAAAUUGGCAUGGAAUUGCACUGAUGUUCACGGUGUUACAAGCAAUGUGUCUCCUGAGCCUUGUGCAUUGCUGCAAGAGAAGCCUGGGAAAUUUGACUGUCCUUUUCCAGCAGACAAACUUCCCAUUGAAAGUGUUCAGCUGAAGACUUGUUCCUUUAAAAGUUUGUCACUCUUCUGAGAGAAUGAAUGUAUUUUAAAUUUUGAAUGUAAUACAGUAAUGAUGCUAUUGUUAUCUAUGAAUGAGUUCUGAAAAAAUUAAAUCAAAUUUAGAGAGUAAACAUGUGUUUUCCUUGGUACCAUAAUGUUGGUCGGGUUGGAUUACCUAUAAUCGCUUAUUUGAGCUUAUGUUAUACCAUAAAGGC